UACACGCUCCCAGCAUCUCUCUCGCUUUUGCCAUAAAACAUGGCGGACUUCCUAGCAACGUGAGAUGUACUUUUCUUGUUACCAAACAGUGUAAAAGUGAAUUUAUCGCAGAUAUUAGAUCGUAGUCAAGAAUGAGUUUGAUACGCGCUUUUGUUAUAAGCUUUGUAUUCAUGCUCGUGGCGCAAGGCUCACUAGAAGCGGGUCAGUUGUUCGCUCCCCGCGAUACGAUCGGAAGCGACCCAAAAACCGAAGACAGAACUAUAAACAACCGCCUGGCGAUUUGUGAGUCUCGAUGCAGAUCUGAGAGGCAAGACACACUACAUUUCCAAAAGAGAGCUCCUCAGCUGUCUCAGUUGUGCCUCAGGGAAUGCAUGAAAAGCAAAGAAGAAGAUGUAGUUACAAAGAAUAUGCGAAUAAGACGAGAUGUUGUAGGAGAAAAAAGAAAGCAGGAGAAAAAAGAAAAUUGUUUAAUACCAUCCCUGUUUCUGGAUCAUCAUUCUGUUAAAGCUACUGUGGAAGUGGAUUUUUUGGAAAGAAAACCAAACUUAUCAAUAUCAUGGAAGCCAGUUUACACUGAUCCAUGGUACAACUGGACAUCAUAUGCCAUUUUUUACCAGUCUGGGGAAGGACAACCUUUUUGUAAAUUGAUACCAAAGGACCAGCAUAAGUUCAUUCUUGCAGAUGGUGAGGGUUGGGAAUAUCCAAGUGCUAUUCACAUGGUGAUUUACACUUAUCCUCACUCCAAAGAAAGUUCACAUCUCAUGAAGACAUAUCAUCCUCCCGCACGACCACUGCCGACAUUUCCUCCAACGUCCUCUAACGACACCAUCAAAAUUGCGGUGGCCGCUUCUGGUGCAGUUUUUGGCCUUGUGUUAUUGGCAGCUUUCUUGUUCUUCAUUUAUCGUAGACGAAUCAGGCCAUGUUCACUUCUUUAUGAAGGUGACAGGCGUCAAGAGAGGUAUUUCAUGCCACCAAACAAUUUAGUCACCAUUCCAGCCCCAGGAAGGCCUACUCCAGUAGCUCUUUCAACAGCUCCAAACGCAGGUCCUGACUCUUUCUACGCAUGCUAUUUUCCUGAAAACGAGUGGUUCAAGCUUCAAGUAGCUUCGGUCGUGAAUUUCUUCAGGAACAAUGGCUACCCAGUGGAGAUGGAUGUGAUGAAUUCCUGCGAACUCUCUAGUGGACCAACUCGCUGGGCUGAACAACAAAUUCGGCGAGCUCGAAAUGUCCUUAUAUUUCUGUCUCCGGGACUUUUGCGUCUUUCUGGAGUUGACGAAGAUGAUCCGGAAACUCAUCAGGAACACGAGCGCGUUUGGUAUGAACUUGCUUUGCUUAAGAAAAUUUUCCUACAGACUCACUCCGCUAGUAAAAUGGUGUGCAUUGCUCUACCAAAUACGAACAUUAAACCUCAGGAACUCCCUCUGUGGGCUGAGCUGAUCUAUAAAUGGCCUGAGGAUGAGCAGAAAAUUUUCAAGCGCUUAAACGACAAACCUAUUAUCCAGCCCUGGAAGUGCUGAAGAUGACGAAUAGAAAUGUAUUAUGACGAAUGAUCUGCAAUCUUGUUUUUUUAUUGUGUAAGGGAGCCAAGGCGGGGCUUCAAUAUUGAGAACGUUGAAGAAAAUAUGUACAUUCAGUGUUCCUUUGCUAUACGAAGAUUGACGCGAUCAUCAUCGUUCAGAGGUUCAAUGCUUUAUUGUAUUUAUUUGUUUGUUUGCUCGUGUUCCUUUUUGCAAUCUGUUCCUUGUUAUCUAAGGAAACUGCUCAAUUCUUAAUUAGUCCGAUAGGCAGCCGCGAAAUAUUUAAUGAUUUAGUUUGUGAAUCGUUCCGUGUUGGGGUCAACUGGUGGGAAAGUUAACCGUUUACACCCCAACAUCAGUAUGCAUAUUCUCUAUACUGCACUCUACACGUUUCCUAUAUUGCUGACAAGAAGAAAUUGUGAAACAAUCAAGAGCUCUUCUAGCUGGUGAUCAUUUCCUUUCUUGUCGCUACCUGAAUGUUUGAUUCAGAGCUGAAAUUUUUGGGAGAAAUUAGAUGGCAGUCACUUUUAGGGUUUAGUAAUAAGUCAGUGUCUUUCAGUCAGUUGGUCAGCCAGUCAGUCUCCUUGGGCCUAUUGGACAAAAAUACCGCACAACUAAUUUCAAUAGUUAGCCCUUUUUUCGCGGUUUACAAUCAGGUUAUAUAUAUGGGGUUAAAGACCGAGCAUUGUUUAUUGCCUGCGGGGGAGAGGGGAAGGGAGUGGGAAGAUUCUGGUUGUGUGUUUCUCCGCAAUUAUAUUUACCUGUUUCCCUCACAAGACUCUGUAGAAUUCUGAUAAUUCCCCUAUAUUGGCUGUCAAUUUUUACAGCCCCCCCCCCCCUUGAACUCUGUUGGAGAUGACUGGUCCCUCGUUCCCCUUGAAAAACCAUGUGAUCUUCCUUAAAUUCCCCCGAACUCCCCUCCCCUCAGGCAAUAAAUUGUGACUGGUCCAUUAUUAGCAUGGUGUAUAUUGAGAUGGCGAUGAUUCAAUUUGUUGUCAAAUAAACACAUCAUUGUAUAUAUCCUUA